AUGGGGACUUGGGAGGUGGUGCACCAACCACCAGGAGUACCACUUGUGGACUCUAAGGUUGUGCUUCGGCUGAAGCUUGACGCUGAUGGUGUACCUGUUAAGCACAAAGCGCGACUGGUUGCAAGGGGCUUCACACAGAGAGAGGGGAUCGACUACCAAGAAACCUUCUCUCCAGUAGCACCCCUCGGAGCGAUCAGAGCCAUCUUAGCACUAGCAGUGCAGAACAACUGGGAGGUACAUGCUCUGGACAUCACUAUGGCUUACUUGAACUCCACAUUAAAGGAAGCAAUCUACAUGAAGCCGCCAGAAGGAUCAGGAGUAGCACCCGGCAAGGUGUACAAGGUAGUCAAGGGCCUAUAUGGCCUAAAGCAGUCUGGGCGAGAAUGGAAUCAGGAGUUCGACAGGUCUUUGCGACGCAUGGGAUUCUUCCAGGUAGAGUGCGCUCCCUGCAUCUACACCAAGGGACAGGGUGAAGAUAUGGCCAUUGUGGUCAUCUAUGUCGAUGAUACAUUAGUCAUAGCACCACGGCUGGAAACGGUCCUAAAGGUUAAGAAGCAGAUUGGUCAGAGAUGGAAGAUGGAAGAUAGUGGUGAGGUCUCUCACUUCUUGGGCAUCAAAAUCAGUCGAGACCAUGCGAUGCGCACCAUGACGAUUGGUCAGUCAGGGUACAUCGACCAAGUGCUGGCAAAGCACCUGGACAAACGCACGAAGCCGACCAUGGUUCCAAUGCAGAGCAUACCGGAGGGAACCCUUGUCGCAAGCGCAGCACAACAGAAGGAGUAUCCGGUGAUCAUUGGCAAGCUGCUCUGGGUUGCCAACAGCACCCGGCCCGACCUUAGCCUUACUGUGGGUGUUCUCGCUAGGCACAUGCAUGAACCAUCACAGGAGCAUUAUCAGGCAGCACAAAGGGUCCUACACUACCUCGAAAGCACAAGGCAGGUUGGAUUGGUUUAUAGGGCAAGUGAGUCGCAAGAGCCACUGGUUGCACACAGCGAUGCAAACUGGGCAAGCGAUGCCACCAUACAGAGAAGAAGCACAUUGGGGUCAGUGGCAUUAGUGUAUGGGAACCCAGUAGCCUGGAAGUCAGCGACACAAAAAUGCGUGUCAUUGUCCACUGUCGAGGCAGAGUUCAUUGCAGCCACGGAAGCAACACGUGAGGUGCUCUUCCUCAAGCAGCUGCUACGCUCAAUUGGCAUUGCCACAGGCACACCGACGGUCUACUCGGACAACACUGGUUGCAUACAGGUUAGUAAGGACCCAGCACAGCACUGGAAGCUUAAGCACAUCGACACCAAGUAUCACUUCAUCUGUAACAAUGUACAAGAGGGAAGGGUGCAGAUCAGGUACAUAGACACCACAAGAAACUUGGCAGACGUACUCACGAAGCCCAUUGGGAGGCAGGCAAUGCAGCAAGCAAGAUCUGGGCUACACCUGCAAAUACCGGCAGCAGUGUACGGAACGGGGUCCCCGAGCUAUGCGACAGUGUUGAAGAACGGAGGUCACACUUUGAAGCAACAGCAUAAUGAACAGGGUACAUAUGCUGUUGAGGGGGGGAGUUGA